AGAAUUUAGAACAUAGCAACGAAGAUAUGAAUAUUGAAAAGGGCCAACGUUGCGUUUUAUUCUACGCGGUUAACGGAAGGUUAACAAGGGCUUGUUUUUGUUUCCAUUCCUAUUUCCGGUGUACAGAUCUUGUUGAACUCAACCAACAGAAAAAUGGUGAGAGGAUUGGUCAACAAGCUCGCAUCUGAAUCGCUGAAGGUUGCGGGAAAAUGGCAACAACAGCAGCUCCGCCGUCUCAAUAUCCACGAAUAUCAGGGAGCUGAAUUGAUGGGCAAGUUUGGUAUUAAUGUUCCAAAAGGUGUUGCUGUUUCCUCUGUUGAGGAAGUCAGAAAGGCUAUACAAACAACUUUUCCAAAUGAAAAGGAGUUGGUGGUGAAGAGCCAAAUUCUUGCUGGUGGAAGGGGCCUGGGGAAGUUCACAAGUGGUCUUCAGGGUGGAGUUCACAUUGUCAAAGCAGAACAGGCUGAAGAGAUUGCUGGGAAGAUGCUUGGACAGACUCUUGUUACUAAACAAACUGGCCCUCAAGGCAAAGUUGUCAGCAAGGUUUACUUGUGUGAAAAGAUGUCACUUGUGAAUGAGAUGUACUUUGCAAUCACUCUUGAUCGUACAACCGCUGGUCCUCUUAUAAUUGCAUGCAGAGAGGGAGGAACCAGCAUUGAAGACCUUGCAGAGAAAUUCCCUGACAUGAUUAUAAAGGUUCCUAUUGAUGUUUUCAAAGGAAUUACAGAUGAAGAUGCUGCCAAAGUUGUAGAUGGUCUUGCUCCUAAAGUAGCUGACAGAAGCGCUUCAAUUGAACAAGUGAAAAAAUUGUAUAACCUUUUCCGUGAAUCCGAUUGCACACAGUUGGAGAUUAAUCCUAUUGCUGAGACUUCUGAUAACAUGUUGGUUGCUGCUGAUGCUAAGUUAAAUUUUGAUGAUAAUGCUGCGUAUCGUCAGAAAGAAAUAUUUGCUCUUCGUGAUCCAACACAAGAGGAUCCUCGUGAGGUGGCAGCUGCGAAAGCAGAUUUAAAUUACAUCGGAUUGGAUGGUGAAAUUGGAUGUAUGGUGAAUGGUGCAGGAUUGGCAAUGGCCACCAUGGAUAUCAUAAAGUUACAUGGAGGAACUCCCGCCAACUUUUUGGAUGUUGGUGGAAAUGCUUCAGAGGGACAGGUUGUGGAGGCAUUCAAGAUCUUGACUUCAGAUGAGAAAGUGAAAGCAAUUUUGGUUAAUAUUUUUGGAGGAAUAAUGAAAUGUGAUGUCAUUGCUAGUGGGAUUGUUAAUGCUGCUAAACAUGUUGCAUUGAAAGUGCCUGUGGUGGUUCGUCUUGAAGGUACAAACGUUGACCAAGGAAAGAGGAUUCUCAAGGAGAGUGGGAUGGCACUGAUUACAGCGGAAGAUUUGGAUGAUGCCGCUGAGAAAGCAGUUAAAGCACUCAAAUCGUAAUGGUUGAUGAAUUUCAUGAAGUUCACAAGACUCAAGUCUUGACUAAAAUAAAGACCAAAAGGUUGCAUCAGAUCGGUAAAAUCUUACAAUCCUAGUCAGGCCUUAGCAAUCCUAAAGCGAUCAAUAUUGUUUUCUAUUUGUUGAAUCUUAAAAUCAUGAUUGAGAUCUUAAUAAUUAUGGGACAAUCUGUAAAAAAAAUUAUAUUUGUUGUUAGGAUAAUAACUAUAAAGAAUGUUUGCUUCUUAUAAGUUCCAUGACUAGAGUUGACAAUGA